CAUAAAUAGGCGAGAAGGAGUUUGGAUCCUCGCAGUCACUCAUCCCGACAGCCAGGACCGCUGCUCCCCCGCCCCUCCUCCAGCUCUCCUCUCCACUCAUCCACUGCUGGAACCAACCAUCAAUCCUUCUCCAACCCGAACCAAUCAUGGAAGCCAGCAGGAAGACGCCCUCCUUCUCUGACGCCCUCCGUCGCCUGCUUGUCCUGAUGCUAACUCUCAUCCCCGCCGUUGGGUCGAUGCCGGUCCCAACGGACGUCCCCAUGUGCACGGCCUCAGAAACCGCCCACUACAGCCUCACGUUCACAGGGAAAUGGACCCAGGCAGCUUUUCCUAAGCAGUAUCCCAUCUACCGCCCGCCUGCACAGUGGUCCAACCUGAUCGGGGUGACCCACAGCUCCGACUACCACAUGUGGCAAAGUAAUGAGUUCGCCAGCAACGGAGUGAGGGAGUUUGCGGAAAAAGGCGAGGCCUGGACGAUCAUGAAGGAAGUGGAGACGGCCGGCGAGCGGAUCCAGAGCGUUUAUGGGAUCCUCUCCGCUCCUGCUGUCGUGGGAGGCUCGGGCCAGAUGGACGCCGAGUUUGAGGCGUUUGCCAGGCACUCCUAUCUGUCGUUCAUGGUGCGGCUGGUGCCGAGCCCGGACUGGUUCGUGGGCGUGGACGGCGUGGAUCUGUGCGACGGCGACCGCUGGAAGGACAAAGUGACGCUGGAGCUGUUCCCGUACGACGCGGGAACGGACAGCGGAUUCACCUUCUCCUCCCCAAACUUUGAGACGAUCCCGCAGGACAGAAUCACGCAGAUCACCUCGUCCUUCCCGAGCCACCCGGCCAACUCCUUCUUCUAUCCCCGCCUGAAGCAUUUACCGCCGAUCGCCAAGGUCACGCUGACAAAAAUCAAGAAAACGAAUCAAAUCAUCAGCCUGCCGCUGGAGCCCACGCAGUCCAACCUGCUGCCAACGGGCAACGAGAUCGAAGACAAGCUGAUCAAUACCCCUCUGGACUGCGAAGUGUCCCCCUGGUCGCCCUGGGGUUUGUGCAAAGGGAAGUGUGGCGACUCAGGUGUGCAGCACCGCACACGCUACGUCAUCAUGCACCCGGCCAACAACGGAGCGGCCUGCCCCCUGCUGGACGAGGAGAGGAAGUGCUUCCCAGACAACUGCUUAUGACUAGGCCAGGACAGGAGGGAGAGAAAGGACAGGAAGGAGAGGAGGAGGAGGAAGGAGAAGAAAACCAGGAAAGGAAGGACCGGGCGCAGACGCUCCAAGAACCACAAACGGUCCGCGGUUUAAUCCCAGGCUGUUUGUGGAUCGACCGGGUCGGAUCCGAGUCGGGUUUGAGAUCGGUUCCAGCUCCAAACGGGUGUAGUUCUGGCCAACAAGCCAGUAGACAAACUGAAAACAUUUUACACAAAUUUAAACCCUGUUAAAUUACAUCUGACCCAAAAUAA